AUGGAGAGGGCUCAGCACAUCGCACGUGUGGAGCCUGACAGCGGCUGUGAGAGCUGGGAGCCAGAGGAGCAGGAGGCCUCCACUGAGUUCCCCUACAACUAUCAUGUAAUUUCUCUGCAGAUCAAGGAUAUAGAAGUCCUCAACUGCGAAUAUGGCAAGAACACAAUUAAGUUCCUUCGCCUACGUAGAGAAGGCAAGAAGCACUUUGUUAAAGAAGUGGAAGUGUGCACGCAUCUCCGUCUGACUUCUGCUCAUGAGUACCUGGAUGGAAACAACUCUCUUGUGAUACCUACUGACACCAUAAAGAAUAUUGUCCUUGUUUUGGCCAAAAAAAAUGGGAUCUCAACUUUAGAACAAUUUGCUAUAGAUAUCUGCAAACACUUCAUGACAACAUUUUGCCAAGUGGCGUACGUCAAAACCUACGUUCAAGAAGUACCAUGGCAACGUCUACAUGAGCACGGUGUUCCCCACAUCCACUCGUUUAUAUACGUUCCUGAUGGGAUCCGCUUUUGUGAAGCUGAGCAGUGCCGAAAUGGUCCUCUGGUUGUUUUUGCUGGAAUUAAAGAUCUGAAACUUAUGAAGACAACACAGUCUGGAUUCGAAGGCUUCUAUAAGAAUGAACACACCACACUUCCUGAAAGGAACGACAGGAUUUUAUGUGGCGAGCUCUUCUGCAAAUGGUCAUAUGGCGAAUGCAGAGAUUUUGACUUUGAUUGCAUAUGGAACAAAAUCCGUGAAUGUAUCCUUGAAGCCUUUGCUGGGCCACCUGACUGUGGAGAAUAUUCACCUUCUUAUCAGAAGACUGUCAACCGUAUCCAGAUGCUUGUCCUUUCCAAAGUGUCCCAGGUACAGAUCAUAGAAGUGGUCUUGAACAACACUUUUUAUAAUGUUGUAGACAUGAAGAAUCUAGGCUUGACCAACGACAAAGAAGUUCUGGUUCCAGUGGAAACUCCCUAUGGCUCCUGCGCUUGCACGCUUGGCAGGAAGAAGUUCUUAGAAGCACAAGGCCACGUGCUAAAAGAGGAGCGGCAGUUUGGACUGGCAGCUGCCCAAGGAAACUAA